CGUGGGCUGCAUGGAGGCUGUCAACCUGCUGUUGUGUAUCCUGGGGUUCGUGCUCCAUCACCUCGGUUACCCAUCAGUCACCAAGGUAUUGUACUGCCUCAACUCUGUGGUGUUCAUUGCGAAAAUCAACAAGUUCUACAGGACCAGCAGCAACGUGGGUCCCAAGAUGGUCAUGGUUCGCAGGAUGAGAGAUGGGUCUGUUCCUGGUGGUCAUGAUUGUGAUCCUGUUGGCGUACGGCAUAGCAGCCCAGGGUCUCCUGUACACGGAGCGCUCCCCCAGCUGGGCCAUAAUCAAGGACGUCUUCUAUUUCCCGUACUGGAUGAUCUAUGGGGAAAUCUUUGUCAAGUCCAUUGGGGUAUGUGACGGAGACAAAGCUUGCAACUCUACGCGUGUGGCGGGGGAGAGGGACUGUCUUACCCCUCAUUGGAUGGUUCCCUUCAUCCUUGCAGCCUACCUCAUGAUUGGCGGCAUCCUUCUUCUGAACCUGCUUAUAGCCAUCUUCAGCAACGUGGUCAACUCAGUGGAAAGGAACUCUUUCCAGAUCUGGAAGUUUGAUAUGUACUACCUGGUGAUGGAAUACUCCAACAAAACGUUCCUCGUGCCUCCGUUGAGCAUCCUCGUACACGUCUACCUGGUGGUGACCUCCAUCGUCAAGAAGUUGGGCUGGAGUAAACCCAGGGAUGAAUGUCUUACAUCAACAAUAGAGGCAGGAUAUUUGAAUGCCAACAUUGCCUUCCAAAAUAUCAAGGCGAAAAAUCUAAAGUUUUUGAUCAUUUUUACAAAAAACACGUCGCUUUGGACAAAGUUCCAUUUUAUUGUGCAAUUUGCAAAUUUGUGUGUGCAUCCGAAGUGGAUUUAUAUCGUCAUGUUAAAAAAUGUAACUUUCCUCCACAUGAGGCAACUGUAAAUGCCAUGUUGGCUAAUAAUGAAAACGUAAAUGAAAAUGCUUCAUUAAUCAAAAAUGUCAAUCCAUAUGUUCCAACUUCCUUGGACAUUGUUCGCUUUUCAAAAGAAGAUUCGUGUUUGAUUUUUAACAGUCGUCGUAAGUCUUCAGACAUUUUGAAAUCUGCAAUGGAAUCGUCAGGCUUAAAAACGAAUUCCAUUCACAGUACCCCUACUGUUGACAUUUUGCCCGAGAUGUUAGGUGAACACGAUUUGUCACCUUUUGACUUUCCAGAGUCACCAUUACAUUCUUCCAAUAAAAGAAUUUUGUGUCCUACAAAAUCUCCAUGGAGUGUAUCUUCCAAGUCUUCGUCUUCUUCAUCGUCGACGUCAACUUGUGACACUUGCAUAAAUGAUCUCAAAUUUGAGAUUCUUGAACUGAAAUCAGCGGUUCAUACGAUGGGCUUAGCGCUGGGCCAAUUAGUUGAUGAACUCCGUGAGUUCAAAGCGGAGAAAAGGGCUGUUGUUCCAGCUUUUGUUGUUCCUCCCAUUCAAAAUAGAAAGGAGAAUGAACCAGUCAUUGUUCGAAGGCCAACAAUCACUGAAAGGUGUCAUUACCAGCCAUCUCCUGCGAGUUCACGUGGUCGAGGGUAUCAUCCUUACCGGCAACAAAUGCGGAGGCCACCACUGUUCCCGCCAAAGCCAGUGAAUACCCACAUAAGAUUUUGAUACAACGUGUUUUGCACAGCAAUUAUUUUGCACUGGUUUCCUGAAAAACAUAAUAAGCUAACCAUAAGUAACUUCUUUGUCAUUUAAAAAAAAAAUCAUAAAUUUAUACUAAUUUUCAUUGUAACAUGCAUAUGGAAAUAAUGUCUUAAAUCCGAAUAUGCAAAUGCAUCCAAAAUUACUAACUUAGUGGUUGGCUACAUUUAGAAACAGAUUCAAGAAAUAACUAGAAUCUUGCCAUAGAAACAAUUAACGCACUUUAACAUUAAAUACUAAUGAAUUGUUAACAUACCGAGUUUUGGUAUCUCUCCUUACAUUACAUGUAAAUAAUCUAGAAAAAACGAAUCGAAAUUUGAAUGGAAAUUCUAACGGCAUGGCUGGUAAAGGGAAGUCACUCUUUAAACCAUGCAAACUGUGUAAAACUCGGAUCAGCAAAGGUCAUAAUGCACUAAAUAAUUCCGACGGUUACAACCUUAAUUGUCAUUUUUGUUUUUGGCAACCAAUAAUUGAUACUAUGAAAUGUGAAGUAAACAUAGUCAUUUUAUUUAUUAAAAAAUUGCUGCAUUAUAACAAGAUUAAUGAUAGUCAAAGAGUUUAUUUAACAUUUGAUGUGUUGUUACUGUUGUUGUAGUUUUAUUGUUUAUGUUGAUGUUCUAAGGUAAAUUUAAAGAGCAUUGGCUCUUUGCAUUGUUGUAAAAUUGAUCUUUAAAAAGAUCGGAAUUUCCUCCAAAUGUUUUAAUCACUUUUGACAUGCUCUGUUGUUUGAGAUGCUUGUGAUAGAGGAGGAAACAUUCUAGUCUUAUCCAUGCUCAAUUUUGAUAUAUGUACUUAAUUUGUUGUUAUAAGUAAAAUGUCAUGAGCAUCACAAUGUUUAAUAUAUUUGUUUAAAACCCUUGCUCAUAACUUACUUGUUAACAUGUUUGUUCCUUUUAUUGUCACUUGUGUUUUACAGCACUAGGUGAUAAGUAUUGUUAUAAUCGGAAUGUUAUAUAUGCUGAAUAUAUUAUCCAUUUGUUAAUUUGUAUUGUAUUAAUUGUUCAAUGUCGAUAGUUAGACAUUAAAUUAAUAAAUUUUAUUUAUUGAAAAGGAGUUAUUUAUUUAUUAUGAUUGUUUAAAUGAUUCUAUGAACUUAAUAGUUUUGUGAGGACACAAACAAUCUUAAGAGGGGGGUAAUGUAACACAUGUAAACCUUAGUGGGUGGGGUAAUAUUUAUUUACUAUUUGAUAUUUAACCUAUGUUUCGAAUGCUGUCUGCAGUUAAGUUAUAGUAUUGUAUGAGACUCUAAUGAUAACAGACUUGAAAAUUUACCUGGAUUACCAGCUACGCGAUUGUUGGAGUUUAAAUCCAGAUUCUUGUAAAUUUAUUGUACACAUGUUCACUUAGUGUUAUUUAACCCUAGGUGGCGUUGUAGCUGAGAAUGACGUCACUAUUACGUAAACAAUCUGCUGUAAACUGUUUUUAUACUGCAUCAAUUUUUAUUGUUUUAAAAUACUAUUUACAUUUAAAAUAGCAAAUAUGCAGGUAAUUUAUGUAGUAGUAUAUAUUAUAUUGUUAAUACAUAUUGAAAUGUUAUAUUUUUCAUUGAACAAUCCAAAGUUAUUGGUGAUUCUGUCAGUAUUCUGCUGUUCACGUUAUGACAUUCUAAUACUUAGCAGAAUUCUGCGGUAACAUAAUUUCUGAGAGUAUAAAAGGCCAUGAGUUCUGAGUUUGAAUGACUCUAACCAGAACGGUUGGGUCGGUAGGAGGUGAUAACGCAAGAAUAUGAGAAUAAAAGAAACACAAAGGCUUUGAAAGUUGAUGGUUUGUAAUUGACAACCUCAUAAGAAAAAGAAAUAUAAACAUACAAAUAUAACAGAAAACUUGCGGAAUUAUUACAGAAAACUCACAGAAUUUUAACAGAAAACUUGCAGAAUUUUAACACAAUUAUUAACUUAUAACUC